AUGUACACGUCGUCCGCUCCCGGCCCGGCCCGCGGCCGCGGCGGCAACCCGAACGCCGUGCCGCCCCCGCAGCAGGCCCAGCAGCCGCAGCUGCGCGGUCCGACGUCGGGCAACCCCGGCGCGCCGCCUCAGCUGGCCACGGCGGCCACGAGCCGUGUGGGCGAGAUGCUGGACCAGGUCAAGGCCGAGUACGAGGCCGCCAUCCAGCAGCUCAACAUGGCCAAGAUGGAGCAGCUCGAGAUGGAGCGCAAGAUCCAGUCGCAGGUCGUGGAGAUGGACCAGAUCCAGCAGUCGCUCAAGGCGCUCGAGGCCAACCACCGCCGCAUCCGCCAGCAGUACGAGGAGGACAUGAUGCGCAUGCGCCGCCAGCUCGAGACGGGCCAGGUGCCGCCGCCGCAACAGCAGCAGCAGGUGCCGCCGCCGCCGCAGCAGCAACAACCGGCCGUGCCGGCCAAGCUCCCGGCCAAGCGCUCGCGCGCACCGCCCACCAGCGGCGGCAUGCAGGACGACUCGUCCUCGCUCAUGUCCAACCUUCAGCAGCGUAGCGGCAGCUCCCCCGUGCGCGUCGUGCCCGUGCAGCCGGCCUCGCGCAGUCUGCAGCAGCUCGGCCAGCAGCCCCCUCAGCUGCCGCCUCCGCCCCAGGGAGGCGCCGCCAACCCGCCUCCGCAGCUCAGCCCGCUGGACACGAGCAACUCCAACACGACGCCCUCGUCCCGCCGCAUGCCCAGCAUUAACAGCGAAGUGAACGGCAAGGACCGCGCGGCCAGCUCCCCGCCGGCGCUCAAGAAGUCCAAGCUCAACGGAUCGGAGCCCAGCAUCCCCAGCCUCAACGCCAAUGGCAAGGGCGCGCUGCCGCCCGUCAGCUCGGCCGGAGGCAGCGCCCCCGCGUCCAGCGGUAUGCUUCCCCAGAGCCGGCCGUCCGCCAGCGCGCCCACGACGCUGUCGGCGGCUUCGGGCAACAACACGACGCAGAAGAGCUCGAACACGAAGGCCAGCCGCCUCAACUGGAGCUGCGUGUACUCGUCCAAGACCAGCAUGUCGUACCAGGAGUCGGAGCGCCCCGCGGCUGAGAUGCACCAGUCGAUGGACCACCAAAGCGUCGUGUGCUGCGUGCGCUUCUCGUCGGACGGUACGAUGAUGGCCUCUGGCUGCCACAAGACCGCGCAGGUGUUUGAUGUCAAGACCGGCGACCGCAAGUUCCUGGUGUCGCGUCCUGCCGGCUCCAACGGACAGACCCCCACGUCUCAGGCCAACGCUGCCGCUAACGAGGCCGACGACGCCUACGUGCGCGCUGUUUGCUUCUCGCCUGACUGUACAAAGCUCGUGGCGGGUAUGCCGCAGAACACUAUCCGUGUGUGGGACAUUGCUUCGAACGAGGAGGGCCCUGCCAUGACCGGCCACGAGUCAGAGAUUUACUCGCUGGACUACGUGAACGACCUGAUUGUGUCUGGCUCGGGUGACCGCAAGGUUCGUCUUUGGGACGCUCGCAACGGCCAGUGCAAGAAGAUCUUCGGCAACGAGAGCGGCGGCCCGUCGGACGGCGUGACUUCAGUGGCGCUGUCCCCGGAUGGACGUCUUCUGGCUGCAGCCUCGCUGGACAAGGUUGUACGAAUUUGGGAUACCGAGACCGCACAGCUGCUGGACCGCCUGGAGGGCCACAGCGACUCCGUGUACUCGAUCGCCUUCUCGCCCGACGGCAAGAACGUGAUUUCUGGCUCGCUCGACCGCAACAUCAUGUUGUGGGACGUGUGCGCGCAGGGCCGCACCACGACGCGGCCGCGCAUGCUUUUCCAGGGCCACAAGGACUUUGUGCUGUCUGUUGCAUACACGCCUGAUGGAAGGUGGUUGAUGUCGGGAUCAAAGGACCGGUCUGUGGUGUUCUGGGACCCGCGCUCGUCGCGCUCGGUGCUGACGCUGACGGGCUACCGGAAUUCGGUGAUAAGUGUUGCGUCGUCCCCAGCGUCGCCCUACUUCGCAACGGGAAGCGGCGACUGCUUCGCCGUGAUCUGGAAGUACCAGUGCCAGACUUUUUAA